AUGAUGCGCCCCAUGGUGGAACGGAGGGUCAAGAGGAUCCAUCACCGCAAGAGCUGUCCAGCCAGUCAGGAGACGUUACCACUCAAGGCGCUGCCGGCGAAUGUGAUCUCCAUGCCGGACCAGGGCACUGUCUACAAGAACUGCAUCCACGUCACCGAGGAGGACCUCAAACGGUAUGGCCAUGAUUUGACAAAGCUCCGCGAGCAUCAGGUCCAACCGUGGGAACGCCGUCACCGAGAGAGGACCCUGAGCUUUGGCGAGAGCUUUGAGGAGACCUGUCGAAAGCCAGCAGAGGUCUUGGAUCCCUGGCGGAACCUGCCGGAGCCCGAGCGCCUCCGGCCACCCAACGAAGGUGACCUUUUCCUCAACCAAGUGGUGCCCAAGUCGCCAAAUCGAGUGGCAGAGGAGGACGAUGCCGAAGCUGAGGAGCGACGCCUUAGCAAGGCCUACCAGCGGAUAUCCAGCAACGUGAGCGCCGCGAGCACGGCGGCGCAGUCGUCAGCGGCGCCCUCGCGCGACAUCAGUCGCGCGUCCUCGAAGGAGUCGGCCAAGCCAGGCCUCCAGCGUGCGAAGACGCUGCCCCCCCGUGGCCCGAAGUCGCUCGCUGGUCCUGGCUGGCACCAACUUAGCUGGCGAUUCGGGCGCUGGUUGACGGAUGGGUGCGGCGAUCCGCAUACCUCACCUGCUCGCCCUGUUGAUGCACCUUGGACUUUUGAGCUUUCCAUCUACUCGGACGAUGCCGCGGCGGACAACUUCCUGCGCUGGGCGGAGCUGGCUUCUCUCUUUGGGCAGUCUCAGGGCCUUCACCAGGAGAUUAUGCACGACCUCUUGCGUACAACCUUGGCUCGUCGCCUUCUCGCCUUGGCAUGGCAGUCUCAUUCCAACUAUUUGGCAAGUCUUCCACUCAUGUCUCCUUCUACUUCAAUGCCUCACACGGACCUUGCUGUGGAACAAGUGCGGGUCAAUGCACAGCUGGCUUCCGCCCUUGAUCGAUUUGCCCGGGGGCACCGGCCAACAUCCAAGAAUCCCAUUCUGCGAGACCAUGACUCUGAUGAUGAAGACAUGGACAAGUUCGACCUGGCCUCUGUCCUCAAGCGGACUUCACACCAGUUUCUUCCCACUGAUUGGUUCCCCACCAGCCAGGUGCUGUCCAAGUUGCAAGCUUUGCUUUCGAAAGCCCGUGAGUCUUGCCGGCACCAGGAUCACCCUUUUAUUGCUGAUACUCCUUUGGAGUCUUGGGUGCCGCUGUGGGUUGGGCAUGGGGAAUCCCCAUCUGCGCGUGAGGCUUUGGUCAAGCAGUGGAGGAAGACCGACCAGUUGGACACGGCUAGGUCGCUGAAGCAAGUCAGAAAAGUGGAACUUCUGAGAGCUGCGUGUCAAAGACUGCAGUUCGUAGUGCAGAUCUCGUUCAUAGCAAAUUGCAUAGGACAAGCCAUGUUCGGCGCUCAUGCGAAUCAGGAGCAGGAGAUGAGCAAAGACGUCCGGAAACUGGAUGACGCCGACCAGGCCAAUGGCUUGACUUGCCCCGACCGCGCCAAUUGCAAGUUGGUGCACUUGGACACCACCGAUCCAAAGGAGGCGGUCCGAUACUCGGCCGCUCUCCAAGCCUACAAGGCCAAGCGGCCCAAGGCGGCCGGUCUUGACAAAGCGCACCUUCUGAGCCUCCUGGGGAGGUUAUGGUGUAAAGCGCCAGUGAUUAAGCUGAAUGUUGAGCAGCAGGCAGGGCCCAGCGGCAGCGAGGUCUACAUUGUCUACAUUGGACCAGCUGAGGUGUCAGUUGCACAUAGGUUUGCACCACGAGUGAGAAGACGCGCACCACGUGCCUCUGCCUGUGAGAAGACGCGCUUCAUGGCAGCUCACCGCAGCCAUGUGUGGGGCCUCUUUGAGGAGUUGACCAAAGGGCAGCUGCUUGAGGACACAGUGUUGUUGAUGGUGGAAGCAGAACUGCCAAGUGGCCUUCCAACAGCCAAAGAAUUGCUGCAUUGGGGUGGCGAAAACAGGAGUCCGCAAGAACACGCUCAGUACAGUGAACUUGGGGUGAUGUGCAAGGAGCGCCUCUUGACGCAUGGCCGGGGUGCCAAAGUGCGCCUCGCGUCGUCUGCAACCCAGGGACCGAUCGCUUGGGUGGAGCUCGCCAGCGGUGCUUGCUGCGAGAUCUUUCCACCCUCCAGACCCACGGCGGACGGUGUCCGGGCGCUCUUGAAGAUGCCACCAGGCAGCUCCGUCUGGGAGAUCCGUUACCGCAGCGACCACUCCGUAGAGGUCCGCGGUGCCGGGACUGGCCGCGCGUCCUCACCACGGACAGUGCGGAGACCGCACAGUGCGGACUGGCUGCGCGAGAAAUGACCCCACCCUUUGUGGAGCCUGAAUGGUUGAGGAAGGUGUCAGGCGGUCAGUGCAUUCAAGGUCUAGGCUCCGCCUGGUCCCGCGCGCGGGACCACUAGACAAGACUGGGUUCGCCAUGUUUUCCACACCAGGUCCAGGGGGUGCGCAGGGGGAGUCGAACCCGGGACCCCAGCCUGGACACCGCCUGCACCUAGAGAGAAAACCUGACGGUCCCCACUCCACCUCAAAAAUGAACCAUGUCAAAAAUUUGUGGAUGUUUCGCAAAGCGCCGGUUGUUGGACAAGCCCCAGCUACACCUAUACCGAACUAUUCUCAGGAACACGCCGUCCCCGUUCCGCUCACGCUCACGCUCUGGGUACUAGAACGGGGUCGGCGGAUUAUAUGUAAUAUAUACCCAACAGACCAACGCGGAAGUUGAAGCCAUCCUUCCUUUCAUGGACACUAGUGUUCCGGACCCUAUUGCUCUUCCAUGCAUGUGAGUUUUGGGAGGGUAUACUACUGCCCCUAAGCCUUCACAAAUCCCAAGUUCAAGUGGUUGUUUGUAUGGUGGGUUGCCAGGAGUCCUGAUUGGGUAUAGCCGAACUGGGGCUCAGCUUGCAGUAGUGCUUGACAUGUUCAGUUUUCUUGUGACCUUCGUUCCAAGUGAGGACAGGGGGCUGGCACAUUGAGGCAGGAAGAAUGUCAGCGGCUCAUAAUGAAUGGAUUUCAGUGUUCAUCCUAGAGUCAUCCUAGAGCUUCGAUCAUGAAACGUCAUUUGAACAGUGUUUUGGAUCGUGAGUUACGAUUUGUGAGUGUUUGAUGGUACUUGACUACAUGGUCCUGUCGUUCUUUUUAUGGAACAACUCUUCAGUCCGCUGCAGAGGCGUGGGGAACAGGUCUCCCUGGGGGUGCGAACGAGUUAACUCGACUCGUCGUCGUUCGCAAAGACAGUUUGAUGCAAUUAAAAGGAACAUGGAUGACAAUGGCCAUGGUCAGGAAACGUCAGGACGUUGAUGUUCCGCACCCUUUCUUUGCUGGUUGCAGCUGGGUUGGCAGUUUCCUGAUUUCCCUACAUAGGCAGUUGCAAAUGGCAAGUCUCAAUUUUCAAAGGCCCAUUGUGAUUGCCAAGCCAUUCUCCCAACCAGUUAGGGCCCUCAGCUUUUGCCGUGUCGGUACAUAGCCCUCUCACGUGACAGGAGACGCGGACAAGAUGCUAGCGCGCGCCGAGACUGCGAAGAAGUCAAGAUGUGCGGCGUGACCUUUUUAGGACCUUCCCAGUGACCGAACUUGAGAUGAGAUCCCAGU